GGAUGAGAGUUCUGAGAAAGGCUAACAUGUUAGUUUCAUUUUCACUAUCUUGCAUUACCAGUGAGUUAGAAGAGGCAUGGCUGAACAAAAGAAGAAUGAUGAUCCAGUGAAGAAUGUAAUGAAUGAGGCCACAAAAAUGUUUAAAAAUAUUUUUGAUGAUUUGAUUGAGCAAAAUGUUUUCAAUCCUAACCAGAUAAGGAAUAUGGAAAAAGAAUUUUCAUCAGUCAUAAGGAGGAGUGAAGACUUGGUUAAGACUGUCACUCAUAAAAGUGGCCUAGUUGGUCAAAUUGUUCUUAAAAACUUUUCGACAGCCACAAGAGCACUGCAUUCAGGAAUACAAGUAGAAGAUGAAAACUUGGAGCCAAUAGAAAAUGCAGGAAUAUCGCAGGCAGUGGCUUCCCUUUUAUUAGAACCUCGGGCUAUCCAGGCAGCAGAAUCCCUAAACAAGGUCAAGCUCAGCUCUACAAAUUUCUACCAGGAACUGAAGGAAGCAAAGGAUGAAGAGAUAUAUGCAGUCAUGGAAAAGGAAAACCGUACACGUCUGGCCCUUAUCAUCUCUAACUCUAAAUUUGACCACUUAAAUGAACGAAAUGAGGCACGAUUUGACAUUCAGAGAAUGUUGGAGCUACUUCAGGACCUGGGAUAUAGAGUGGAUGUCAAAGAAAACUGUACAUCACUGGAAAUGAAGUCUGUGUUGGAGGAGUUUGCUGACCUCCCAGAACACCAGUCCUCAGACAGCACCUUCCUCGUUUUCAUGUCUCAUGGCACCAAGGAUGGCAUCUUUGGGAUAAAGCAUAAACAGGAAGAACCAGAUAUCCUGGCCAAUGAUACCAUUUUUGAAAUUUUCAACAGUAGUAACUGUUGGAGACUGAUACAUAAACCAAAAGUUAUCAUUAUUCAUGGAUGUGAAGUAGGAAUAGUUUCAGAACAAGGUGCAGCAGCAGCUUCAGAAGGCAGCUGUGUCCAGUCCUCCAAAGACGACAAAAAUACUUUUUGCAAGGAUGCCACUAGGAAAGAGCAUGUGGAGAAGGACUUCAUUUGCUUUCGCUCUACAACUCCAUAUGACAUUUCCUUGGAAGAUGAUCAAGAUGGUUCCCGCUUCAUCAGCCUACUCAUUGAUUGCUUUCAACAAUACUCCUGGUGCUGUCAUGUGGAAGAAGUUUUCAAAAAGGUCCAGAAAUCAUUUGAGACUUCACAGGAUCCAGUCCCAUUGCCCACCAUUGAAAGGUUAUCCAUGACAAGAUACUUCUACCUCUUCCCAGGAAUUUAAAGCUAACUAAUGGCAUCAGCCUUUCCUAAACUAAGGUCCAGCUGUGAGGAAUCGGUGUGUCAGCCUGAACAUUCCUUCAUCUGACAAGGGGCAGGAGAUGUUGAUUUUGCCAUAUCACCAAAGAAAAGACAGAGCAACAGUUUGGAGAACUGGGAGCAAAGGAUAAUAUAAAAUUAAUCAUAAGUGAAAGCGUCUCUAUGCUAUGAAUUUGAAUACAUGUGACCCCUUCAGGGGAUUCAGUAUUCACACAGAUUGGGACUUCAGUGUACACACUUCAGUAUUACCUCAAGGAAUCAACAAAUCAACUCUCCUGGAAUUGGACUAUUAUUAUAAACACAACUGUUGCCAAUAAUAAUACAGCUAUAACAUGGAUCCAUAAAAACUAAUGAAGAAUAACACUUUAAUAGAUGAAAUAAGCUUUCAAAAUGUAGAGAACUAGCCAGAAGCAAUCAAGCAAGAGGACAACCAAAUGGAAAUAGCAUGAAAUAUAUAAAAUUCACUUCAUCCUGCCUGAUAUAGGAGUUGUACAGAUCAUGCUUUCACAAUGAGCUCACAGAUGUGCUUAUAUUAUAAUAUUUUUAUUCAACAUUAAAAAACAUUUUAUCUAUAUAUUCAACAGUCAGUAGAACAUCAUCUAUAAAAGAAUAAUAGCAGGAAAUUUUGUUUUCCUGGGACUUCCAGUGAGAUCCUUUUGAAAAAAAAAAGAGAUUAAAAUAGACUAUUAUUUUUGUGGUUGUUCAUAAAAUGGAUCAUAUUUGUGUAAUUAUUUUCCUUAAAUAACAUUGAGGAUGAAU